UGUUGUUUAUUUACGUCGUGAACGUCAUGAAAUGUCGUAAACAAUGCUGAGCAGGGAAACAAAGUGAAUUUUUUAAAACUCGGUUCUAAAAGUCUAUACUUAUUAUCUCAAUAAAUAGACUUUUUUAUUUUUGGAACCCAGUUACAGGUGAGAAUGGAGAUAUUGAAGAAAUCCCAAUCAGAGUCCCAUGAUUCCUACACACGUCAAAGGCUGUCCUUGCUUGAUUUUGGGGUAAAUAUCAACAUCCAAGAUAGAAGAGGUCAAACUCAGCUUCACAAGGAACUGAGUGCCGCAAUUUUUCGUUCUGGAAAAAGUAAACAUGCUUUCAAAACGACUCAGUUAUUAAUAGAGCAUGGAGCCGAUAUAAACAUAUGCAGCAAAGAUGGCACGAGUCCACUCCAAGAAGCCUUCCUGUCAGGAAAUUUGGACGCAGUCGAAGCGUUUCUACCCGAAGAGGACAGACUUUUAAAAAGUAACCAAGUUGACAGUAUCAAAAGAUGCAGAUACUUGAUCAAAUUUUUCUUGGAUCAAGGGAAAGAUUUAAACAUUGUCAAUUCAAAUUACUCGACACUUCUUCAUUUUGCCGCGUGGCACGGUGACAAUGAGGGUUUUGAUUUGAUUUUAAAUAACAGCAAAUUUAAUCUAAAUGCAUUCAACUCGAAAGGAACGACACUUUUGCAUGUUGUUACCAUCCAUGGGACCUGCGAAAUGAUAAAAUCUCUCAUUGAUCAUGGCGCUGAUUCUAAUCUCAGAAUCCAAAUUGACCAAGGACAGCAGAAUUCGAUAGAUAAAAUCACAGGGUUUACUCCUCUUCAUCUAGCAGUUUCUAAAGGAAAGUUUGAAAUUGUGGAAACACUUGUAAAGAAAGGUGCAGACGUAAAUGCAACAUCUCCUCACGGUUCACCUCUUCACGUAGCUUGCGACACAUUUUACUCCUCCAAAUCUAAUGACAAAUCUCAUCAUGUUCACAAGACUAAGAUUGUCAAAUUUCUCAUUCAACAGGGCGCUAAUAUUCAUGCUCUAAAUUCAACGAAAAAAACUCCGCUACUCACAGCGGUGGACAACAAAUAUGAAAAAAUGGUCGAGGUUCUAUUGCAGGAAGGGGCAAACUUUCAAAUGAAGUUCCAUCAAAAGCGAAAUACUCUUCAUUACAUUGUAGGCAUAAAUCAUCUCGGUAUCAUGAAACUCUUUUUGGAUAAAGGCCUCGAUCCGAACGUUAGGGAUUGUCGAAAUGAAACUCCUUUAAUUUACGGGGCAAAGUCAAGUGCGAAGGGGAUUUCGAUGGAUGUGGCCGAACUUUUGGUGGAAUACGGGGCUGAUAUUGAUGCCGCUGAUAAUAAUGGAAACACGGCUCUUCACGUUGCUUCUGGCUUAAAUGAUGUUGAAGUGAUAAAGCGUCUGCUGAAAUUGAAAGCUAAUGUCAAUGCUCGUACUAAAAAUGAAUUGACUGCUCUUGAUCGCGUUUUAAUUAAGUAUCGGGGCUCGAAAAUUAAUCGGAAGAUAACCGCUGUGGAAUGUUUGUGUGCGCACACUGCUCUGAGUAUAAGCAAAGGCGCGAAAGAUGUCUCUAUGAAUAUGAUCGAAACUCAGCCUUUAGUUCAUGAGUAUUAUAAAAAAUGCGAGAAAGAGUUAGAUCUUAUGCAAAAGGAGAGGAUUUGUGGUUCGAGUUCUAUUUGCUACUUUGAUCUGUUGAAAGUUGAUGCUCAGAAGUUGACUUUGUUUGUGAGAAAUGAGGAUGUUAUGGAUGUGAUUGCGUCGGGAGAGUAUAAAGAAAAGUUUCCUGUUUAUGCUAGUUUGCUCAAAGAUUGUGUCGAGGAGGGAAAGACGAGAAGAGAUUUGAUCGAAAGAGAUUCUCUCCUUUUGAAAAAACUUAUAAAGCGGCAGUUACCUUACUUUGUCAAUGAUAUGAUUUUCAAUAGUUUAAGUUUAAAGGAUUUGAAGAAUUUUGAGAAAGCUUUUUAUGUUCAGUAUUUGAAAUUUACGGUGAAUACAAUGAAUCUAAGAAUAAAACCAAAUUGUAAUUAGUUAGUUUUAAUGAAAUUUUCAUAUAAAAAUACAACAGAAUAAGAGUAUAAAGAUUAUAAUGGGAUGUGCUUCUAAUAUUUCCAUUUGGUACAAAUUUUAUAAGAAACUUUUAAUAUAACUAUAGGCGUGCAUAACCGGUUGAAAAAACGUUUCCGCUAUAAAUAUAUUUAUUUUAAAUUCAUAUGCCGCGAGUGCGACAGAAUUUGCAUUAUAUUUGUUGUAAAUUAUUAUUAAAGUGUGGUAUUUUUGUGUUUAUUUUCUGAAGUACAUAUUUAAGUAUAUGCAAUAAUUUUCUUUUUCAUAAAUGGGAUUCAGGGAGAAAAUAUGUUACAUAAUAACGAAAUAUUGUAUUAGGUUUUUACGGAACAUAUUUUUUUAUUUGAUCGAAUUUUUGAAAAAGAAAUUGAUGUAUUUAAUUAAUUUAGAUACGUUGAAUUUCUGCCAUUUUAAUCGAAAAACGUGUGGUAGAAUGGAUGAUCA